UGUAGAAGAGGAAAGAUUUCAUCUUUCAGUCUCUGCAACUUUGUAUUAUCAACCAUGGAGGACAACGAGGUUGUUUUUCAGGAACAAGUCGUUUCCAGUCCCAAAACUAAUGUUGGGAAACCUCCCACCAGGCUGCAGAAGCAAGCUCCGGCGUCGCUUCAGGUUGAUCGGGUUGCCAGAACCUCUUUCGGGCCUUCCGAUGCUGUGAUUCCCCUGUUGUCCCCUCUCACUGUAUCCCCAAAGCCGUUAGAGCCGGAGGAGUACGGGUUUCCAACGCGGGCAGACAAGGACAAUGGUGCAGCAGUGAUGACCAUGGUGGUGGCGGGCGGGUGGCAGCAUCCAGCGCUGACCGGAUACAUGGAGAAUUCGGCCUUUUUGAAUUUGUUUCAAUCCAAAUGUGUACUUGUUAAUGAUGUGCAGUGAGGGGGCUUGAAGUUGCUGGGUAGCUGUGUAUAAUUUACCUUUUUCUGUUUGUCUUUUAACCCCAAUUUUCGAAUGCUAGUUCUUGAAUAAGGGAGACCUUUCCCCUCCAAGCCAUCAUCUUUCUUCAUCUGUAAUGUAGCUGAUUUCCUCAAGGAAGAAAAAUGAGAUCUGCCG